ACAUCCCAGUCGUGUUUAUUUUAUUAUUUUGAGCUAACUGCACAGCAGAAACCAAUCUAUCUUCCAUUUAAAUUGCACCUCACAUGAUGUCUUCUGAUUUCGAAGCCUACGAACAGGACUUUGGCACCAUUACAGCCGAAGUGACGAACAAAAUCGGCAGAAUUCCCAAACUGAGUGGAGAGGAGAAGACACAGCUGGUUCUAAAUGUCGACAAACAGCUUGAAGAAGUCAGAGAGUUGUUGGAGCAGAUGGACUUGGAGGUACGCGAAAUCCCCGUCCAGAGCCGAGCCAUGUACAACAGCCGACUGAAGAGCUACAAGCAAGAGGUGGAGAAGCUGGAGAAGGACUUUAAAAGGUCACGUAUCGCCUACAGUGACGAAGUACGCAACGAGCUCCUGGGGGAUGAUGUCAGCUCCUCGGAGAACCAGUUGAUAAAGUUACGCGAAGAGAGAGCGCAUCUGUUGGAUAACACGGAAAGGCUGGAAAGGUCAUCGCGGCGACUGGAGGCCGGCUACCAAAUAGCAGUAGAAACGGAACAAGUGGGCCAAGAGAUCCUCUCCAACCUUCACACCGACCGUGAGAAGAUCCAGAGAGCCAGGGAGAGGCUGAGAGAAACGGACGCCAACCUGGGCAAGAGCUCCCGCAUCCUGACGGGCAUGCUGAGAAGGUAAGAGGCAGGAUCAUCCAGAAUCGCGUCCUGGUCUUUGUCCUGGGAGCCUUCAUCCUCCUCACCAUCAUCCUGGCCAUCUAUUUCAAUCUGCGAGGCCACUGAUUUUCCACGUCCGCACACACACACACACACACACACACACACACACACACACACACACGCACACACACGUGAUUAAUAGCGACAAAAGCGUUUGGCUGUAAUUAGGACAAAUGGUGCCCAUGAAUCAAGGUUUUCCAAAGCCUGACAAGGAGAUUUUGUUUUCCUCUUCUGUAUCCAUCUCCUCCUCCUCUUCCCUCCAUCUUUUCUUUUUUUUUUUGGAAACUUUCUGCCUCCUUUUGUUGUUUUUUUCUCCUCUGUCAUGCUCUGGCUUCCAUCUCCAGGGACGCAAAUAGAUUUGUUGAUCUCAGCAUGAUUCUUUAGCCUCCUCCUGGGAGCGUUCCACAGCGCACCAGGAAGAGGAGAAGGCGGAUGCUGGACCACCCUGGAUUGGGAUCUUCUCUCCUUUGCAGAGAUAAAAAAAAAACAAAAAAAAACGUGAUCCUCACACUAAAUUUGUUCUUUGACAAGAAAUAGACGUAAACCCUCAGCUAACAUUAGCACCAUGUAUAAAUAACGCUAGUCGUUGUAUUUAUUUAUAAAUAAGUCGUCUUGUGCUCAAACUGUAUUUUUUAUGGAAGCAUCAACCUGCUUUGAUUUGAUUUCAUCAUCAGGACCAAUUACCAGAUUACAACAAGGGUACGCUUAUAAAGGGUUUAUAAAUGAUUUAUUAAUCAUCAAUAAACAGCAGCAGCCUAGCAGCUUUUCACAUCUAUCCGCGACUUAAUCGCUGCUAAUUAUGCUUAUGUAACUGUUUAUUAGGCUACGCUAGUUUAUGCGGUUAACUCUAAAAUUUUGAGUUAAAAAAAUAAUUAAAAUUAAAAUUAAAAAAAAUUACAAAUAAAUUUAAAAUAAUUUUAAAAUUAAAAUUAAAAAAAAAUAUUAAUGAGAAACCACACUUUUUUGCUAACGUUAGCUUAGCUAGUGUUCGUCACUGAGCUGUGACUUCUAGCCUAUGCUGGUUAUAACCAGUUUAUAAACCAUGUAUAGCACCUUCACAUUAAGAGUACACUUAGAACGGGUUUAUAAACACUUUGUAAAGCAUUUAUAAACAUUAUCAAGACUUUUUAACUUGUUUACGAACUUCGAUGUAUUAAAUUUGGUACCGCGUUAUUUUAUUUAUGUCAAUCAACUGUGUUUAUUUGUUGUCGCAUUGCAACAAAGUGUUUAUAAACCCCGUUUUUAGCAUCAGUAGCAUCUGGUAAUUGGCUUUUCUUCGCAAUGUUGACGUAGCUGCGGCGUUAUAGCUUGUUUAUAAACCAUUUAUAAGGCUAGCCUUGUUAUAAAGUGGACGGUUGUGAUGCGUUUGUGUGCUCCAGUUCGUUAUAAAGCCUUAAUUAACUGCAAUGUAUGAAAAAAUAUGUGUGAAAAAUGCAGUUCACAGACAGCUGGGGUAGGCUCCAGCAUACCGGCGAUCCUAGUGAGGAUAAACGGGAUAGAAAAUGUGAAUAAAUAAAGGAAAUAAAAAUAAAAUAAUGAAAAUAAAAUGAAAUAAAAGCAUGUGGGCGUUAAUGCCUGUUAAUUAAGGCUUUAUAACCUGUUUAUAAACGCUGUGUCGUUGCUACUUUUAUUUAUCGAGUGGUCGAUUGUCAUCGCAGAGGCGGGCGUGAAAAGUGAAUAAGAAAGCCAUUCGUCAAAGUCGCAACAUGAAGUCAAUCGCCGCGUACGUUUAAGGAUACGUGUUUUCGCCACAUGACAUUAACGGCGAACAAAGCAGUGGCGGUGAGGGUCGGGGUCGCCCCCCCCCCCCCUCCCUAAGCUGGGUACGGGCGGCCCACUGUGAGCUGUCAGGAAGGAAGCGAGGAAAGAGGAAGCAUUUCGAAGCAUAAUGACCCCCAGUGAUUGUUUUUGACCGUAUGUGUGUGUGUGUGUGUGUGUGUGUGUUCAUCCUACCUACAUGAUCACCCCCCCCAUACCCCCCCCCCCCCCCCCCCCCAGCCUGUCAGACGAACUAGCGAGUGGAAGGCAGCGUGGCGGCGGCGGUGGCGGCGGCUUCCAUUUGAAGUUGUAAUGGUGUCAAAAAGUCAGGGCUGACUGACAGACGUCAGUCCCACAGGGCCUCAUUAAAAACACAGCCACUUGACAAGGAAAUAAUUGAGCGCCGGCGACAACCUGAGGAGGGUGGUGGUGGUGGGGGGGUGUAUCGCGGCGGUGACGGGAAGGAGGGGCCACCCAAGCCUCUUCUGGCUCGCCAUGUUUUUUACAUGUUUUUAUUGUCUUUUCAGGACUAUUAUGUUCAUUAGGAAUAUGGCGGGAGGAAGGCGGGACAGGAAGUAGUCACAACAUGGCUUGUUUAGACCCCCCCCCUUGACCGCCCACCCCCACCAGACACCUACACCCACAUUGUUAUAAUUUAAGGACCCCCACCUGCUUGAAAUAUUUCAUGUUGGUGGGUGUUAACUUGCAGUCCUGCCUACUUCCUGUACAUCCUCAUAUUGACCCCGCCCCCUUGCUUGUACAACAUCAAAAAAAAAAAAAAUCAUGGACCCCCUCCCUGAAUGAUGAUGUCAGCCGUUUAUCAUGACAAAUUUAGGCGGGCCUUAUACAGCACCGCCACAUAUGGGCGGCGCUCUUUUUGCCCCUCCACCAAUAACAACUACAAGAAAUACGCGACCUCGCUCUCCACAUAAAGAGCCGCCACGUUCUCCGUUUGUACACACGAGAAUGGUUUUCUUAUUCCUCUUUUCUCGCACCCGCCCCCUCAACAACAACAACAAUGGCCGCCAAGUUGGCGUCAGCGUGCUAGCUGCGUGUUAAGCUAGCAACCUGAGAUUGCGUCAUGAACAAGUAUGUAAAUAUCUCCACCAAUCAGAGUACUUCGCUCUUUUUUUUCCAAUUCUUCAAUGUGUGGGAAUGUUUCAUGUCAUUAAAGAAAUGUCAACCUCAAAAAACGCUUACGUCGUCUCCUACCUAGCAUGCCAAACAACCGCGUAUUUGUGUUGGUACGUCACUUCCUGUGUGCAUGGUUCGCUACGUGGAGGCGUUGACUAUCGCCAAUCGCAGUAGUUUGGCAACCAUUAGUCCUGGAAGAUAUGUAUUCCACAUAGGCUCUUUGACUAGAAUUUUUUGGUCCUCAAAAACAGCAGAGAGCCUCUGUUAUAUAGGGGACCUUUGACUAUCAUCAUUUUUGCAGUACAUAACAUAUACAGGAUCUUUGUGGGUAGCAGAUUACUCCUAUUACACUGUAUAGAGGAUCUUUGACUAGCAUUUUUUGGUCCUCAAAAACAGCAGAGAGCCUCUGUUAUAUAGGGGACCUUUGACUAUCAUCAUUUUUGCAGUACAUAACAUAUACAGGAUCUUUGUGGGUAGCAGAUUACUCCUAUUAUACUGUAUAGAGGAUCUUUGACUAGAAUUUUUUGGUCCUCAAAAUUUAGCAGAGAGCCUCUGUUAUAUGGAGGACCUUUGACUAUCAUCAUUUUUGCAGUACAUAACAUAUAGAGGAUCUUUUUAGGUAGCAGAUUACUCCUAUUAUACUGUAUAGAGGAUCUUUGACUAGAAUUUUUUGGUUCUCAAAAACAGCAGAGAGCCUCUGUUAUAUAGGGGACCUUUGACUAGCAUAAUUUUUGCAGU